GGAAGGGAUCGGCCGGGACACGGGCGAAAGGGGAGGGCGUCCCGCUGUGGCUGCAGCGACGGUUCUUCACCCCCAUCCCUCCCUGGCAGGGACAUGAGGGAGAGGGCGUCAUCCAACCACACUAGAGAACCAACCCAACGCAUCCAGGUGGAGUUCAGUAUGGCCCCGAGGAACCCCCAUGUGAAUACUUGCUUUUUCGCUGCUUGCCUCUGCCUUUGGAGAGGAAUGCUGGGCCACGGUUCCUUGGGACCCAAAGUGCUGGCAGAAUCUGUUCUGAAUUCUAACGCCAUGUGCAUGACCCUGCCCUGGCUGACCCGUCGCCAGUUUGGACUAUGUGUACGCAGCCCAGAAAUGAUGGCUUCAGCCUUGCAGGGCAUCCACCUUGCCCUCCACGAGUGCCAACACCAGUUGCAAGAGAGGCGCUGGGAUUGUUCGGACCUGAGCAGUGGCGGCACUGUGCUUUUUAACAGUGCCAUCCUGAAGAGAGGCUUCCGGGAAAGCGCCUUUGUCUUCUCCUUGCUAGCAGCCGGGGUGACCCAUGCAGUGGCAACUGCCUGCAGUCUGGGACAAUUACAAAGCUGUGGCUGUGCCAGGCAAGGCACGGAGAACCAGAAACUGAAACUCAGCCAACUGCAGUCUCUAAGCCGGGGCAAAAGCCUGCCCCCUAUGCCAUCCUCGUUGUGGGGACAGCCUAGCCCGCAGGACACCUGGGAAUGGGGUGGCUGCAGUGCAGAUUUUGCAUAUGCCCAGAGAUUUGCCCGGCAUUUUUUGGACCCACGAAGAAAACCCCGUGAUGCUCAUGCCCGGAUGCAGCUACACAGUCAUCGUGUGGGCAGAAAGGUGGUGUCAGAGCUGAGCAAGCGCAGGUGUAAAUGUCACGGCCCGUCUGGGAGCUGCCAGUUUCGGACAUGUUGGUUAGCAGCCCCUGAUUUUCGCCACGUGGGUUCCAUCUUACGGGACCGAAUGGACCAUGCCACACUCUCGCGGCUGGACAACAGAAACUCGGGAGCCUUCUGGCCACGACUCCGCAGCUCCCACCUGGCCAAGCACCUCAUCUUCUAUGAAUCCUCCCCUGAUUUCUGUGAGCCAGAUCCGAGCCUGGGUUCCUCAGGCACCCACGGUCGCCCUUGCAUCAAGAGCAGCCCAGAGCCAAAUGGCUGUAGCAGCCUGUGCUGUGGGCGCGGCCACAACAUGCUGCAGGAGGUGCGAGCUCAGCGUUGCCAGUGCCGUUUCCAUUGGUGCUGCCAUGUGCAGUGUGAGGAGUGUCCUUCCACAGAGUGGGUUAGUGUCUGCAAAUGAAUAGGGAAGGCCUAACCCCUUACUCUGUGCUCCAGCCAGCCGUAUGACAAGUGCCUGCUGCAAUAUCAGCCAUAGGGAUAAUAAGACGAGCUUUGGA